UAUGCUGUUCGGGGAGAAAAAGAACUUUUGUUAGAAAGGAGAUUUCAGAAAUGAUUUUGGAUCCUCUAUAAGUGUUUUGAGAGUUCUUGGGGACAUUAGCUCUAAUCCUGGAGUGAGUUUCUGCCUUUGACCUGCAUGGAUUAUUUUUUCAGGCUGCGGAAUUUCUCGGCGCCUACCUGCAGUGUGGGGCACUUGGUUUGGUUGCAGAGUAAGAAGGUGGAAGACUGAGCUGUACUUGGUUAAACAGUUGAAAUCUUUUUUGAGCAGGAUCUAUAAGAGCAUAAUUGAAUUGGUUUCACCCCCGUGGAUUCCAGUGGGCCCGACAGCGCAACAGGUUUGCAGAUUUCUUUUGAAAUUCUUUUUAUUCUCCCUCUGCCUCAGCAAAAGAAAAGAAUCUGUAUAACAGGUUCAUGUUCAAUUGCUUGGCUUCUCAGCACUUAUUCUGAAGACUUUAUAAGAUUUUUUAAUUUGACCUCUGAACACAGUGGGCUUUUGCGGUUGGAGUGCAUUUAUAUUUACUUAAGGGCGCACAUUUAAAAUCUUAGAAUGAGAUUUUGUUUGUACAAAGACCCAAAUUCUCAAGUGUGUGUAGAAAUAGCACAGAUCUACCCUACUCAGGCUUUAUACUUUUUCAGGGUAUUCUUCUUAGAACUUGUAGAGCCUACUACCCCUAUCUUUUAUACCCCACCCCCUCAAGGAAUUUGAAAACGUGUUAGGAAUAGUCCUUUGUUUUACUUAAGAACCUAAAAAAUUACAGAUUAUAAACUUGGGAUCAUAGUUUCCAAAAGCAUCUCAUGGGAAAUCAAAGUGCUUGGCAUUCUCAAGCAGGAGAAUAAAAGCUGGAAUCCCUAAGAGAGAAAGAAAAAUAAAGAUAGAAAUACGAUUUUUAACUGGGAAAAAUAAUUGGAAAGCUAACCUUUUCAAAUAUUUUUCUAAUUAUGCAAGUUGGAAAAGGUUGUGAUGCUUAGGAUUAUCCUGUAAUAUGUGAAGACAUAUAAAUUACAACCUAAUUUAGAGGCAAAUUUAGGUAGAACAUUUAAAAAUUAUAGCAUAUUUAGGUUCAUGAAAAGUAUUAUAAAUUUAGUGGGCCUAGAACUUUGGCUACAUUGAAAUACAGUUUAAUGUGGAAACUUUUAUGAACACAUGUUAUAGCAUCUUUGGACAUCUCUCAAGAUGUGGCCUGAAAUAAUGUUUCCUCUCCUUCCCCAUGAAAACAAAAUUCUCCUGUGAUCUUUAUGGUCUUUUACCACUGACAAAUUGUGCUUAAAAAGAACCAUCUCUUCAUUUUCUGAGCUGGAGUUUUUCACUCUCACCUUCGAUGCAUGGCCUUAGUUAUUUACUUUGCCUUGUUUUGUUCAUUAACAUUGGGUUUAGUGGCUCGACAAUUUGAUGCAUAUGGAAGACCAGCACCAAGUGAUCUGACAUAAUAAAAAUUCAGGAUGUGACAUUCAACCUCAAGCAAAGUUGGAAAUUCCAAAGAAAAGUGGCGGUAUCUUUACUAUUAUUAGUGAAGAUGGGAGAAAAUGACCUACCUGAAGCAGAAGUGGGCUGAAAACACCCUCUUCCUUGCCGGAUCAGGAAUGCCACCUGUUCUUGGGAAUAGGAGAAAGGAAGGGCCAAAACUAUGACUUGGCUUUCUGAAACUGAAGUAUAAAUACUUUCUUCCUUCAUUUGUCUAAAUCUGAGAACCUGCGUUUGGUAUUAGCCCGUGGAAGCAGUAUGUAUGGCCGAAGUGCAUUGCUGCAGCUGGUAGCAUGAGUGGUGGCCACCAGCUGCAGCUGGCUGCCCUCUGGCCCUGGCUGCUGAUGGCUACCCUGCAGGCAGGCUUUGGACGCACAGGACUGGUACUGGCAGCUGCGGUGGAGUCGGAAAGAUCAGCAGAGCAGAAAGCUAUUAUCAGAGUGAUCCCCUUGAAAAUGGACCCCACAGGAAAACUGAAUCUCACUUUGGAAGGUGUGUUUGCUGGUGUUGCUGAAAUAACUCCAGCAGAAGGAAAGUUAAUGCAGUCCCACCCCCUGUACCUGUGCAAUGCCAGUGAUGACGACAAUCUGGAGCCUGGAUUCAUCAGCAUCGUCAAGCUGGAGAGUCCCCAGCGGGCCCCCCGCCCCUGCCUGUCACUGGCCAGCAAGAGCCCCUGGAUUCCUGCUUUUUGUUCUCUUUCUGGAUCUGCUCUCUGCUCUGCCUGGUUAGCUAGAUUCUGCUUCCCCAAGCCUGCUCCUGGAGCCCUGGCCCGGAUGGCGGGUGAGCGAGGAGCCAGCGCUGUCCUUUUUGACAUCACUGAGGAUCGAGCUGCUGCUGAGCAGCUGCAGCAACCCCUGGGGCUGACUUGGCCGGUGGUGUUGAUCUGGGGCAAUGAUGCCGAAAAGCUGAUGGAGUUUGUGUACAAGAACCGAAAGGCCCAUGUGAGGAUUGAGCUGAAGGAGCCCCCAACCUGGCCAGAUUAUGAUGUGUGGAUCCUCCUGACAGUGGUGGGCACCAUCUUUGUCGUCAUUCUGGCUUCGGUGCUGCGCAUCCGGUGCCGUCCCCGCCACAGCAGGCCGGAUCCCCUUCGGCAGCGAACAGCCUGGGCCAUCAGCCAGCUGGCCACCAGGAGGUACCGGGCCAGCUGCAAGAAGGCCCAGGCUGAGUGGCCAGACUCAGGUAGCAGCUGCAGCUCAGCCCCUGUGUGUGCCAUCUGCCUGGAGGAGUUCUCUGAGGGCCAGGAGUUACGGGUCAUUUCCUGCCUCCAUGAGUUCCAUCGUGCCUGUGUGGACCCCUGGCUACAUCAGCAUCGGACUUGUCCCCUCUGCAUGUUCAACAUCGUAGAGGGAGAUUCAUUUUCCCAGUCUGUGGGACCCACUCGAUCUUACCAGGAACCAGGCCGGAGACUCCAUCUCAUUCGCCAGCAUCCGGGCCAUGCCCACUACCACCUCCCUGCUGCCUACGUGCUGGGCCCUUCCCGGACUGCAGUGGCCCGGCCCCCACGACCUGGUCCCUUUCUACCAUCCCAGGAGCCAGGCAUGGGCCCUCGGCACCACCGCCUCCCCCGAGCUGCACACCCCCGGGCUCCAGGCGAGCAGCAGCGCCCGGCAGCAGCCCAGCACCCCUUCGCACAGGGCUGGGGGCUGAGCCGCCUCCAACGCACCUCACAGCAUACAGCCCCUUGCCCAGUGCCCCCACGCCGGGCCAGGCCUCAUGAGAGCAGUGGGUCUGGAGAAAGCUACUGCACAGAACGCAGUGGCUACCUGGCAGAUGGGCCAGCCAGUGAUUCUAGUUCGGGGCCCUGCCAUGGCUCUUCGAGUGACUCAGUGGUCAACUGCACAGACGUCAGCCUGCAAGGCAUCCAUGGCAGCAGUUCUACCUUCCGCAGCUCUCUGAGCAGUGACUUUGACCCCUUGGUGUACUGCAGCCCCGAAGGGGAGCCCCAGGAGGAGGAGACUCAGCCCAGCAUGACCUCUCGGCCCCGUUCUUUGGACUCAGUGGUGCCCAGGGGGGAAACCCAGGUUUCCAGCCAUAUCCACUACCACCGCCAUCGGCACCACCACUACAAAAAGCGCUUCCAGUGGCAUGGCAGGAAGCCUGGCCCAGAAAUGGGGGUCCUGCCGUCCAGGCUUGAGGUUCCUCGGACACAACCAGAGCCAGAGCUGCCUUCUCCUGCUCAGCAAGCUGCCAAAUGCAGUGCAACAGCCUCUUCAGGGCAGCUCCCCAACCCACAACAACCCCGGGCCCUCACAGAGCCGGCCCCAGACCCACCUGAUGCUUCCAGCCCCCGUCCCAACCCCAGCAGCCUCUUCCACUUGCAGAAAUCCAGCCUUUCUGUCCGACACCCACAGAGGAAACGGCGGGGGGGUCCCUCAGAGCCCACCCCAUCCUCUCGGCCCCAGGACUUGACUGCACACCCAGCUUGCCAGAUUUUUCCCCAUUAUGGCCCCAGCCUGGCAUACCCUUGGUCCCCAGAGGCCCACCCAUUAAUCUUCGGACCUUCAGGCCUGGACAGGAGGCUGCUAGCAGAAACCCCAGGCUCCUGUUACUCAAGUUCACAGCCAGUGUGGUUGUGUCUGACUCCACGCCAACCCCUGGGACCACACCCACCUGGGGAGGGGCCUUCCGAAUGGAGUUCCGGCACCCCAGAGGGCAGGCCAUGCCCUUACCCACACUGCCAGGUGCUGCCAGCCCAGCCUGGCUCAGAGGAGGAGCUGGAGGAACUGUGCGAACAGGCUGUGUGAGAUGUUCCGGCCUACCUCCCACCAAGAGUGUGCUCCAGAUGAUGUGGGCCUCAGAGUCCUGCUCCUGAGAGAAGGGACCUCAGAAAACACCCCUCUUUUGCCGUACUUGCCGUACUUCCUGAAACCACUGGAAGAGGAGUGGUGAUGGUGGGUGGCAAGAGGUGUUUCCUGCUCCCAGCUCCAGACCGUGUCUGCAGAACACAUCUGCAGUGCAACAAAUCUGUGUCCAGCAGGGAACCAGCUACUGCCUGUGUGGGCUGGCUCCCUUGAGGGCCGUUUUUUGAGAGCAGGAAGCUAGGUAUGGGUAGAUAGGUGUUUAUAAAGGUGCUGCUCCCUUCCCCAGCCCCUGCAGGUCUCCCUCCUCCCAAGCCUCAUGUUCAUACCAGCCAAUGGGUCCAACUGAAUGCAUGACCCCUUCUCACCUCAUUCUUUGGGUGAGUCCUGCACACCAGCUGCUGGUAAGGCUGCUGCAUAGCGGCAACCCUGGCUCUUAUCAUUUUCCUUUUUUGCAAAAGGAUCAGGAGUAUAGGUGAGCCCCAAGCCCUAAAAAGGGAGGCUCUGCAGCUUCUCCAGGCAGUACCUGCCUUGGUACAUAACAAAAUAUGUUUUUUUCCCUUCUUGUUCUUAAUUUUCAGAUAUAUUAAGUCAGAGGGGAGGCUCUGGGAAGCCAGAGUAUGGAGUUCUCUCCCCACGGUGGUACAGCACUUUGAAGAACCUGGGAUGAAGCCUCUGAUCUUUAAACUCUCUCGUCACUCUAGCAGCCCCAAUUUCUCUAGCAGUUGGGGGCGUAGUGGGAGGGAAUAACUCUUCCUUGGAGAUCUCCUAUCUCUCAGUCCCGAAGUGGCAGAAAGAAGAGGAUUUCUGCUGGAGUUCACCUAGGAAGAGGGAGGAUGGAAUGAAGGUAGAAAAGACAGAAUUACAGCUGAACAAGGACAAUAAGGAAUUUUUCUCUGGAAGUUUUUCUCUCAGAGCAGGGAUGGGGAACAGAAGAGAACAAAGGAAAAGCAAAGUGGGACCCUUGGGUUUAGAUGGCUCAGAGGCCCAGCUUCCCAGUGUAAGCCAUACAGGCCAGGGACACAGAAAGGUGUGCACGCGAGUGGCGUUGAAGCAGGAAGUCUGGUCUGAACAGCUGGUACCGAGUGGGCAAGGGCUGAGGGGCCUCCUUAAGGUGACAUUCACCCCAGGGCAGCUUGACCAUUGCUGGCCCCUCAGGCAUUAUCCCAUUGGGAAUGUGAAUGUGGGAGCAAAGUGGGCACAGGACCCCACCUGGGAAUCUUCUUCCCUCAGAGUCCGUGGGGAACUUGCACCUAGCCACCCACAUGGGUAUUUAUAUCUGAACCAGACAGAAAGACGCUUGAAUCAGGCACUAUGUUGAGAAAUGUAUUUAUUUGCUAAUAUAUUUAUCCAUAAAUGCG